AUGUUUGAUACUAGCUUGCUCUCAACUAUGAGAGCACAUAGUUUUCGGAUUGCAGUCCGGAUUCCCGGAAACCAUGGCCCCGCUUGGGAAUCACACGCUAUUGUUGCUAGCUCGCCUCGUUGCUAA